CAAAACAAUCACAAUUCAUAUUUUCUUCAUAUCUCGUAAACUAUCAAAAAUAUCAAAAUUUACUCCCAGUACUUUUUUGUUCUUCAUAAAAUUUCCUACAAAAUUCAUUUGAACAUUUUUUUUCUAAACUCAAAAUCCAAAAAGUUACAGCCUGACAAACCCCAAAAAAAUUUCAUAAUCAAACCCUCGCCCAAAAUAAUUAUAACUAUAAUUCACUUUGUAUCUCAUAAACUAUCAAAAAUAUUAAAAUUUACCCCCAGUACUUUUUUGUUCUCCACAAAAUUUCCUACAAAAUUCAUUUCAACAUUUUUUUUCUAAACUCAAUAUUUACAAAGUUACAGUAAUUUGAAUAAAACCAAUUUCCAAAAAUUCAAAAAAUCCAUUCCCGCCAUAAGCGAAAAAUUAAAACCUAAAAAAUAUAAAAGGGUACAAGUGAAAGGUCCAGAAGAAAGGGAAGAAAAAAAAGCAGACGAAGUAGAAGAAGAAAAAUAAAAAGAGUUAAACUUUGGAGGAGCAGUCGGAGUCUGGUUUUAUUCUUCUCUAUACGAAAAAUUAAAUACUUGUGUCGAUUGAGUCUGUGUGAGAGGAUAACACAGGAUCAGACUAGAGAUUACUAAAGAGAAAGGGAACCUCAGCAUAUAUAUUUAAGCGAAGACCUAAAGGAUUAUAAGUUUUUUUGCUUUUCAUUUAAAUGUCUCUACACUACUGACUGCAAAAAAUAUAUAUACAGAUAUUUAAAUAAUUAAAUGAAAAAAAAAGUCAAUGAUGGUUCAAAAAAAGUGUUUGAUUUUUAAUACGGUGUUGUUGUUAUUGACUUUUGUUACUGCAGAUAGAAAAUUAUUUUUUUCAUCUCAGUCUGGAUCUAGUGAAGCUGAAAAAUUUUAUGAUGAGCCGAGAAUUCUUUUACGGCUAAGACAAACAAUGAAAUCAUGUAUAUACGACACAGAUUGCAUUGAAAACGCAUAUUGUUUCAAUCGCGAAACAUGUCACUGUAAAAAUGGUCACGUAAUAAAUCGUAAUCACACGCACAUGCAAUGCCUAAAAAUUGCAACAAAUUUAGGAGAUCCUUGUGAUGAAAAUAUCCAAUGUGAAAUGACCUUUACAAGUCAAGCUGAGUGCCGUAAUAAUAUUUGUACUUGUAUUGAUGGCUCACAUUAUGAAGAAAGUCAAGGUCGUUGUUAUGAAUCUAUUGGUAUUGGAAAAAUGUGUAAAACAAAUUAUAAUUGUUAUGUAGAAGGUUCAAAAACAUUUUGCGUAGAUGGAUACUGUAGCUGUCCUCUAUUACAUCAUCCAAAUAGUGACGGUACCAGAUGCCUCAAAAGUGCAUUUUUAAAAGACAAAUGUUCAAUCGACGAAGAAUGUAUAGCAGAAAAUUCACGUUGUUUCGGUACUUGUAGUUGCAAAUUAGAUUAUGUAUUAUCUAAAGAUAAUAAGAGAUGUUUAAAGGCGGCAAAUAUUAUCGGAGAUCCUUGUGAAGAAGAUUUGCAGUGUUCGACAUUUUUGAAAAAUACUAAAUGUAACGAAGACAAUAUUUGCACAUGCGUAUUAGAUUUUAAGCCACGCGAGUCUGUUUGUUUGAGAAAAAUUAACCCGGAUAUGAUUGGCAAAGCCUGUCUAUCUCGUUCACAAUGUGUUCAUCCACCCGCAGAUACUGAAUUAAAAGACAGUGAAGUUGCAAAUGUCGACUGUUUAUCAGGUAUUUGUUCAUGCGCACAAGAUUACACACUCACAGAAGACAAGACCGACUGUAUAAGAUUUAGUGAGAAUGGAGCUGGAAAAAUAAUAAGUACUCAUUUAUUAUUAUUAUUAAUUUUUAUUAAAAUACUACAAAUAAUUUAAGAAAAUAAUUUACAUAAUUAAUUAAUUAAUUAAUUUAGAGGCUCUAUUUAUUUAUUUAAAUUUAAUUAGACACUUAAGUACCUGUUUUAAUUAA